AUGGCUCGUCCGAUGGAGAAGAUUAUUGACAUCAACGACACAAAGGAGCUGUGGAAAGUGGCGGUCAGAGUGGCCCAUAAAUGGAAGGUAGUCUCCAACAACAAUGAGCACUUUGAGAUGAUCUUUGAAGACAAAGAGGGGUGUGAUAUUCACGUGGUUGUUCCAACUGCAUGCAUGGCCGCAUACAAUGAGAAGUUUGAGGUGGGCCAUACGUAUACCGUGUCAAAUUUUGCAGUGCAGCCAAAUAACUUAGUUUUCGAACCAUGCUCCCACAAGUUCUUGGUGAAAUUUACGGGAGGAACUGCUGUUGGUGAUGUUGACAAACAUGAGAUACCCCCAAAACCGCGCACUUUCACCAGUUUCUCUGACAUCAUAACCGACAACUUUCAGAAGAACGUGCUCAUUGAUAACACUACAUUGCUAUAUUCUUUUCUUUUCGCAUUAUAUAGUAGCUCAAUUUCUUAUGUGCUUCAUUUUCAACAAUUACUUAGACGUUAUUGCAACAACACCAUAAAUUGCACCCUUUGGGAGGACUAUGCCAACGAGUUUUUUAAGUUUAACGAGAACAAGACUGCGACAUGUGACCCGACCGUUAUUUUGAUUCAGUAUGCAAAAGUUAAGGAAGCUGGCCAAUACCCACUCUCUGUUACCAACACAUUCCAUGUUACCAAGCUCCUUAUCAAUGCAGAUUUUCCUUGUGUCAAGGACUUCCUCAACAGUUUCCCAAAGGAAUCACUGCGUAUUGUUUCCACACAACAAACCUCUCAGUCUCAACAAUACUCUCGCACUUCGACAAAUGACAAUGUUGGUCAUAGUCGUGUACAGAAGUUGCUGCACGGGGCUGUUUCUUGCUGCCAUGAAUGCACUAAAUCUGUUCGCGGUGACAAACCUCCCUACAAAUGUGAUAAUGGACAUUCUACUGAGGCGGAAAUCUAUAAGUAUAAGAUUGAAGUUGAAGGUUUCCAUGGGCAAACUUCUUGCAAAUUUAUUUUCUGGGAUCGAGAAUGUACCGAAAUCUUACAGUUGUCAGCUGCUCAGAUGCGGGAAACAAUGAUAAAGGCUGGUAUCACAGAUCCAUUGGAAUUCCCGUUAGCUCUCAAUGCCAUGUUGGACCUGGAUCUUGCUUUAAGGGUUAAAUGGCAGCCUAGCUGGGACAGCGCCUCAGUUGUCAUGUUCAUAAAAGAUAGCGAGUUCGUUAAACAAUUUAAGGCGCCUUGGACGGACACUCAGGUCGUGAGUUCUGAACCAUUCGGUACACCCCUCCCACUGCAGAUUAAAGAGAGCGUAGAUGAGGCUAAAACUGAUGCUGCCGAUGAUUGUGACGUUGUUACGCACCUAGAGAUAACAUCCAAGCAUAACCCGGAGCCUCUAACACCCACCGCAAAAAGGCAGACUCAUGAUGGCUCCAGAGAAUCAACAUCUAUUUCUGUAAGAGAUUAG